AUAAACAAACGUUGCCCCUAAAAUUUAACUUUUACCCUAAAAACGGCUUUAAAUAUGUUAAAUUAAAAUAAAUAAAUAAAAGGUUUGACACAUAACAUUAAUAAAAAAAAAUUUCAACUGUUAUGUUUGGCUUAAAAAACUCGCAUCCAGGCCAUAAUUGUUAAAAAAAAACAACUGUUAUGUCAAUGUCAUUGUCAUAUUCUGUUUGACAAUGCAGUACCGCUACCGGCCGACUCGUCUUGUUUUGUUUAUAAUGGAUUUCUAUAUUAAUGUAAUUUACUAAUUUAAAUUUUCUAAUAAGAAAUAAAUUUGUACUAAUAUUAUAAAUAAACUGCACCCGUUACUUAAGAUCUUGAGGUAAUUCUAACGGUUAAAGUAAUUUGUCAAUAUGGUUGUGGAUUUGUUACGGCCGGGUUCUAGGCUCAUUUCACACGACAAGAUACUGUGGUUCGAGUUUUUGUUGGACCAAAAACUAUUAAAAGAGCAUCUACAACAUCCUAACGCAGUGCCGUCUGCUACUGACUUGAUAGUGGAAUUCCUGUCAGUAGACAUAAGCAAUGAUAUUCGGGACGGUCCAACCACUUGUGAGGAUGUGUCCAUGUCACCCUCACAUAGUCCUGGUCGAUCGAAUAUCUCAAGAAAGCAACUUGCCCUUAAAAUACUUGCCCUCAAAGUUGCAUCCUUUCUCAAUUGGAAUUUAGAUACUUUUGAAACUAAACUAACACUUUUUAUACAACAGCAACUGCUGCAGGACAUAAUCUUUAUGGCAGCUGAUGGUGCAUUUUCUGUUCCCCCUCAGGAAAUCUCUAUGGAUAUGAUAGAUAAGCCACAUAUGCAGUUUGCAUUGACUUUAUAUCAUCGAUGGAUCUUAAGGUAUCCAGCAAAAGCAGCCCCCAAAGAAGAGUUUGCAAAGCUCCCGUUUUUACACCUCCCUAGUGUACCACUGGAAAAAGGAUAUCCCCAAAUGAAUUUAAAAAAUGACUGUAAUCAAAGCAUAAAAUAUUUAGAAAAAGUUAUCAGAUAUUAUGAUUCUAAUGGAAACAGUGAUGAACCAAUACAAAUCAGAGUCCCGGUUAUGGACACGUUCACGCAUCUGGCUGAAGAUAUGCAUAACAUGGUGCAUAAUUGGGAUGCAGGCAGUGUUUGCAUUAGCCAGUAUGAACUCUUAAUGCAAAUUCAUUUUGAUAUCUGUUACAAUUACUUUUUCUAUGGACAACAUGAGGAAGCUAAGAAACACAUUUUGGGCUGCAGAAAAAACCAAAAGCUGCUUGAAGUUGAAGUAAAGAGUAAGGGUUACGGUCAGGGGCAGUAUGAUAAAGUUCCAUGGGGGAAUUUAAACUAUGCAAGUGUGUCUGAAGAUGAUAUUUUAGGAUACAUAAGGGCUCUCAAUUUGGGCCAAGAUUUGUUAGAUGAAGAUCGGUCUUUGUUACAAAGGCUGCAAGAAUCAGUAGCUAAUGGUUAUAAAGGCAUAAUUGCUAUUUUGCAAGCUGACAAUUUAUCUAGAGAAAUACCAAUGAUACAUAGACAAGUUGUAGAGCUAGAUAUACAAGCUGCUGCUUCGACUAGCGCUUUAUCAGUACCCAAAGGCCUGAUGAUCCGCGUGUCGGCAUUAAACGCCGUUAGGUAUGCUCUAGAAGGUGGGUUACCUUCGACUCAUCCAGAUUUUCUAAAUAAAUUCAACACCACAGGUAUAACAUUUUUUGAUAUACUCUUUUGGGCAUUAGCUCCGGUUUUGGUGUCAAGUUUAUCAAAAGAUGACUGGAUACCUUGCGAGUUGCUCAUAAACAGUUGGGACACGACGGAUUUAGAAUACAAUACGCUUGAGUUGGAUAUAGGGAGGCUGAAGAAGCGGCUAGUGGUAGCGUCCAGCGCUGAAGACGUGCACAUGUGUUUGGUAAAGCUGAUGACAAUGUCGCCCUCAUUACCGCUGAGAAAGCACAACGCUUAUUGCAAGCCAAUUGGGAACCUGGGAGUUUCGCUAGCGGCACUGCCGCGAGGGUUCAUGCAGGACUUUUCCGUGGUGAUGUCUGGAGUUUCGCGGGCGCGGUUGGAAGCGGGCGACGCGCGUGCUGCUCUCUCGUUCUUGUCAGAAGUCGAAUGCGAGGCGCGUAACCAACUAGCGGACGACAAUGAUCCUGCCCUGAUCGGGCUGUGCCGUGCGCUAGCCUGGGAGAUGCUGCUGCUGCAGGUCAACGUGCUGCUGUCGGAAUGGCCGCACCAUCGGCUUAACGCCACGGUGCUGACCAACAAGUGCAAGGUGGCCAUUUCCGCUGCCGAUAGCGAUACGGACGCUCCGCGCUCACAGGUGGUGCUAGCAGCGUGGCUGGGUCUGCUGAACAUGUGCGUGUGGGAAGCAGGCGCAAGGUCAGGUGCGCGUCAGGGCGCGGGCGGGGACGUAAACGCCGCCGAUGUGGCCGCCGCGUUGUGUGCCACAUGCGCUGAGCUGCAACGCGGCAAGGUUGCGCACAAAUUGUCGCGACGGCUAUGGGACAACGUUCUGAACGCAUUCAACAACUCAAUCGGCCAUCAGAAAUGUUUCACACAUACAAGCCAUCAACCACCAAACUAUGUGAACCACUUCGUCCAUAAUCUCAGCCCCUACCACUUGGUCGUUCAGGGUUUAAGAGAACCGCUUACAAUAAGCGUAGUUUUAUCGCUUCUCGCCAAAAUAUAUAAUGUUCUUGUUGACGACUCCUCCAUAGAACUUGUUGUGGAAUACACAGACCUAUGGCCGAAUAACAUUGCAAAUAUUAAUAUUUAUAAGGCCACGGAUAUUUUGGACUCGCUGAUUGAACUGCUGGAGAGAAGUUUAAAAUUCUAUCCCUAUAAUACUUCUUGGUUGCGAUUGUACGGCGACGCGGAGAUGGCAGCAGGUCGGCACGCUGCCGCGCUCCGUCACUAUCUAUGCGCGCUUUCCGCUGGCUCACAGCACUUCGCAACGCGUGCUCCCGACGAAGACGCCUUAGUGAGACGGGCAGCGCGCUGUUGCCAGGCGCUGGCUGCGCCGACCCAGGCCGCCGCGCUCUGCCAGCUGCCCGCGGAGCCUGACUACACGCGCGCGUUCAAGUGUCUCACCGAGAAGAUUGGCAUUGCGGCGGAUUCCAUGGACGCGUACUACAACUGCCUAUGGAAUGACACGCUACUCGAAGUUGCCAUAGCAACAAACGCGCGGCGUGGCGAAACAAACCGACGCGGGCGUGCCAUUGCCGCCAUUGGUGCUCUCGAACUCAACGCCAAAAACAGUGAGAAGAUACAGCGAGAUGCUGCUGCCGUCCGGCGAGGGAGGCUGCUUCGCGCUCUUACUGACCAGUAUGUCUGUUAGAUUACUUGCGUAUUACAGUAAUAUAUGCGGUGGUGUAGGUAGUUAGGCAAGAAAGCGUGCGCGUGCCAUUACCGCCGUCGGCGCGCUAGAUCUCAUCAACGCUAACAACAGUGAAAAGAUACAGCGCGAGACUGCUGCUGUUGGGCGAGCGAAGCUGCUUCGCACUUUUACUGACCAGUAAGUCUGCUAGAUUCCUUGGAGGAAUGGACGUGGUACUGUGACUGCCUCGGAGUAUAUCUACUAUUGGAAUUAAUGCCAGUGGACUACUAUCAUUUUCAAACAACUUUUGAAUCGAAUAAGUUUUUUUUUUGUACAGUUCCUAUUAUAUUCUUAUGAUUACCAUAGAUUACGUUUUAUUUCACUCCGGUUUAUCGGGUCUGACAUGAAAGCGGCAAGCAAGUAAAAAUUGCAAGCUGGUGUUUCAGAUAACUUUUCUUUAGGGGCUUUCGCGCCAAUUUUAUCAACUUAAUUAUCGUUAAGAUCAAUGUAAGAAAUAUUUUUUUGCAAACAAAUAACUACUCAGAA